AUGUUAUUGACUUACCUCGCUGUAUUUGUUCUUCUCUUCAGUGGUUUCAAAGCCAACAAAGAGGCAGAUUCUCUAAUUCAAAGAAAUUGCAAGGUUUUCUCAGAGCUUCCUGGCAGGCUGGACUCAGAAGAGUUCCUUAAGAUUUGCAUCACAUCUCUCAAAGAGAAUCCAGAGACCAAGAAAGUGAGAAAUAAGAUUGAUUUGAUCGUGGUAGCUACGAAUAAUGCGAUAUCGAACAUAACAAACAUGAAAAGAAUUGUGGAGAAGUUUAUAAAAGAGAAGAGAUAUAAGAGUAGUCUUAUUAAAAAGAAGUUGGAAGUUUGUCUUAAGCAUUAUCAAGAUGGCUAUGAGUGGCUAACCUCAGGUUUGAAUUACCUCAAAGAGCAGGAUCGUGAGAUGGCUUCACCUGAUUUGGGGAUGGCACGCAGGGAAGUGGGUGAUUGUGAAAAGAGAUUCAAAAAAGGCGAAAUAAAUCCCUUGAAAAGGGAGAAUGAUGUCCUCUACGAAAUGGUCUUCAUUCCUAGCGUGAUGAGUGAGAUCGCUGAUUGUGAGACGAGCAAGGGCGGUUGCACGUAG